UUCUCAACUCUACUUUCCUCAUAACAUCAAUAGCUUAGGGUAAAGAAAACCCUUAUUUUUCCUCCCAACUUCCUCAUCAACAAGGCAAGCUCCAUGCUCUAAUCAUUCCUUAGACUCACAUCAUAUCUAGGUCCUGUGUGCUGUUCUUUCCGGUUGUGUGUGUGUGUGAACACAUACUUUGUUGUAAAACUGGAUCGGAGGUAUGGAAAGGAACCGGUUCCACCGGAAACGUCGGUGGCGGAGAGUCCGUCUUGGAACGAGUCUGAUGUCACUGCCAUGAUCUCAUCUCUUAGCCGUGCCAUCGAGAAUCCGGCAACCGACGGAGACCCACCAGUCAAACAAGAGCUUGAUAAGUCGGAUCAACAACAACAAGACCAAGAUCAACCAAGAAAAAAACACUAUAGAGGUGUUAGGCAGAGACCAUGGGGAAAAUGGGCAGCCGAGAUACGUGACCCGAAGAAAGCAGCCCGUGUCUGGCUCGGGACUUUUGAGACAGCAGAGGAAGCCGCUUUCGCCUAUGACCGAGCCGCCCUCAAAUUCAAAGGCACCAAGGCUAAGCUAAACUUCCCAGAACAUCUACAAGGCCCCUCAACCACCUUAACCUAUGUCACAUCUCAAUCAGGAAUUGAUCAUGUCCCAAGAGAAGGUAGUGAAUUAAUGAGCUCACCUCCUCCUCCUACUACUACUACGUGGCCAACGAAUUAUAACCAGGACAUACUUCAAUACGCCCAGUUGCUUACGAGUAACAAUGACGUUGAUUUAUCGUACUACACGUCAAGUCUUUUAAGUCCGCAGCAACAGCCUUUCUCAACGCCUUCGUCAUCUUCUUCCUCGUUAAGUUCACAACAACAGCAGCAACAACAGCACCAGCAGCGUGAAGAGGAGAAGAACUAUGGUUACCACUAUUAUAACUACCCAAGAGAAUAA